AUGAGAAGAAAACACACCACCCUGCCAGGGUUGCAAGCCGCCGCGGCGCUCUAUCUUGCGCGCGCCUCCGAAGCCAAGGUCUUUUGCGCCGACAGCAGCCGCACCGUCGUCCCGGACGCGAGCUGCCAGGGCGUCGAGACCCCGGGCCGGUUCUUCGUGUUCAACAAAGAUGUCGCGGACAUGGUUCCGAACACGCGAGUCGGGCCGGAAAUCGACAUGUAUGACGCCUCCGACGUGAUCACGCGCCAGAACGCAGAGUAUCCGCCGCCACCGCAAAGUGCUGCCACUUCCCCAAGCACCGGAAGCUUGGAUUUGAGGGACAACGGCUGGUACUGUGACGCUGAUGAACCCGGAAUCGGUCGUCCAAAUGGUGGAGGAACGGGGACCAUUGUGAUCGGUUAUUUCGGCCGCGGCUACUGGAGUACUGGCGGUUAA